AUGGAUAAGUCAGCGCUUUGGUCAACGUAUCAGGACCACCGGAUGACGUCAACAUCGCCGACAUCAAACAGUGGUAAGAAUAACGGUAACAACUCGAAUCCAGUUGUUUAUGGGGAUAAUAAUAGUCCCAGCCAGCCUAGACAGUUCAAAAAUGCUAACACGAGUGAUAAUAACCUCGCUUUGGGACAUGAUAGUGUUACUAAACUUGACAAGAACAGCGUGAAAAAUAACCCUGUAAGACUAGAUAAUGGGCAGUAUCAGGAUACACAAGCACAAGGGUUCGCUGGAAACAACAUGGCACCUACUAGUGCAGGAAAUAGACAAAGUUUAGCGCAAAUAAACUUUUUGUUCAACCCCGCUAGGCAGGACCUGAUAGGCUCGAUAUUGAAUAAUUAUCUGACAUUCAAUAAUCAGUCUACAGCUCCCAAUAGCAGUGGGAAUACAUUGAGUAAUGUUAAUCAAAAUGAUAGUUCACACGCUGAUUCAGCCCCGAAAUCUCAGCUGGUUGAUGUAACUUACCCCAGUUAUUACUUGAAUCAUCAAGAUUCAUCUAUUAAUGGGCAGUCUACUAUUGGAAAUGAUGGUAUUAGACCUCGAGGAGAUAGCUUCUUUCUACCACCGCCUAUAAACUCACAAAUGCGACUGAAUAGCAGUGACUAUGAAAACAAUCCAAAUCAGCGUCAAAGCAAUUCAUCCAGAUCGAAUAGCAUAUUUAGCUCGCUCAUUCAAAUCCCUGGAUCUGGGAAUAAUUCUGUAAGUGAUGCUCCUCCAAAUGGUGACAGGACUAAUAAUGCGAAUAAUGCAAAUAAUGCAAAUAAUGCAAAUAGUGUAAACAUGAAUAAUAACAAUAACAACAAUAACCAUGAUAUUUCUGCGGGCGGAAAUAAGUCAAAAGUAAAUCAAACGUCAAUUACUGCCAAUAAUGGACAAGGAGGAAGCUUUCUGAUUCCAUUGGCGGAAUUUGAAGAAAGUUUGGGGAAUUUCUUAGCUUUACAGCAAGAUCCUAAAGGCUCACUUCUGGGUAUCAAAUCAAAACGUGGUUCUGUAGAUUAUCCCAUAAGUAAUUCAUUUUGGGAUGGUUUAAAUAAUGGUUUUUCAGGAUCAAUAAGUGGCAUGCCAUUUAGUGGUAGUGUAAGUGGUAUUCUCGCUGGAAUAGCCAAUGGCAAUAUUGAUUUCAGUAAUAUGAAUGAAGAACAAAGAAGAGACUCGAUUAUAAAGCUCAUAAAUGACCAACAGAAUACUCAGACUCAAAGAUCACUGGAUAAUAGCACCACUAUUCCUAAUACUAAAUUAAGAGAAGAUAUAUUUGAUACCAAAGCCAGUAAGCCUGAUUACGAGAAAGUCUAUAAUGAAAGGACUCCUAAGUAUAAUGAUAACAAUUCAAAAAUAAAAGGUGAACAUGUUUCUCCUAGUUCCUCCAUGUCUUCUAUUACUUCCGCAAGGUAUAAUGAUGAACCUCAAUCCCCCAAAACUUCUCCUUCGACAUAUAAUGUUAGCUUGAAUCAGGCAUCAUUACCGCAAAAUUUCAAUCAAAUACAAAAGCAAGCGUAUCCAACUUUAGAUCAACAGAACUACAUAGCUCCGCAAGCCCGGCAGCAGUAUAACUAUGAACAAGCACGAACCAACAAUACUGAUACUGUUGGUGCUCUACCACCUAAUGGGAUCAAAAACCAAGGCAUAUUAAAUCAAAAUAAUUUACCGAUCUACCAAGCACAACAGCAACUGCAACAACCACAACCACAACAGCAGCAAAUACAACAACAGCAACAACAACAACAACAACAACAACAACAACAACAACAACAACAACAACAACUACAACAGUACUAUCGGCAGUUUCAAAAUUAUCAACCCCAACAAAAUCAGCAUCAACAGCAAUAUCAACCAGGACAUGUUGUCCCUUCUGCAAAUAUGAAUGAUAAACAAAAUGCACCAAAUGAAAAUGAUACGAAUCUUGUUCCAGCUCAACAAUUUGUUAAAGCGGAGGAUGGUCGUCCCUUAUUAGGAGCAACAAAAAUAGAUCAGUUAAUGUUGGUUAUACAAGCUCGUGAAAAAGGUGUAAAUAAUCCAAUUCCUCAAGGACCUGAUGGAAGUAUAUUAGCUUCGCCCGAAGUUAAGCAGGAAAAUGGAGUUAUUCCUCAACCUAUAAAUUUAGUUGGUGGUGUUGAUAAGCCACCGAAAGAUAAAUUGGACGGAGACAUAUUUGAACCUGAAGAUGAUUCCUCGAGUGCUAAGAAGAAGAAAACGAAGAAUAAGCAAUGUCCCUAUUGCUUUAAAUAUUUUACUCAAUCAACUCACUUAGAGGUGCAUGUUAGAUCUCAUAUCGGAUAUAAGCCGUUUGAAUGUUCAUAUUGUCACAAAAGAUUUACUCAGGGUGGUAAUUUGAGAACUCAUUUGCGGUUACAUACGGGCGAAAAGCCUUUUACCUGUGAAGUUUGUAAACGUUCAUUCAGUCGUAAGGGUAAUUUGGCAGCUCAUAAAUUAACUCAUGAGAAUUUAAAGCCCUACGAAUGUAAAUUGGACAACUGUGACAAGUCUUUUACUCAGUUAGGGAAUUUAAAAUCUCAUCAGAAUAGAUUCCAUUUAUCUACCUUAAACGAAUUAACACAUAAGUUGGCUGAAUUGCGUAAAGAGGAGAUAGAUAGUUUACCUAAGGAUGAAAAAGAUCUACUUCACUAUUUUAAAGACUUAUAUAAGAAUUCGAAUAAAGGAAUUCUUGGUAGAGGCAAGAGAAUAAAACCCAUAAAUGAGUUGAAUGAUUCAAAGAUAGAGCCAGCCUGGUGA